AUGUUCCGCCGGGAGCGCUCCAUCCCCCUUCGAGGCUCAGCCGCCGCCCUGUGCAACAACCUCAGUGUGCUGCAGCUGCCCGGCCGCAACCUCACACAUUUUGGAGUAGUCCAUGGACCCAGCGCCCAGCUUCUCAGCGCUGCUCCUGAGGGUGCGCCCUUGGCCCAGCGCCAACUCCAAGCUAAGGAGGGCGCUGGAGUAAGCCCCCCACUUAUCACCCAGGUCCACUGGUGUGUCCUCCCUUUCCGAGUAUUGCUGGUACUCACCUCACAUCGAGGAAUACAAAUGUAUGAGUCUGAUGGCUCCGUCAUGGUCUAUUGGCAUGCACUGGAUGCUGGAGAUGCCUCUCUAGUGCAGGCUGUGUUUGCCCGAGGAAUUGCUGCCAGUGGCCACUUCAUCUGUGUGGGAAUGUGGUCAGGCCGGGUACUGGUUUUUGACAUCCCAGCCAAGGGUCCCAACAUUGUACUGAGUGAAGAGCUGGCUGGGCACCAGACACCAGUCACAGACAUUGCCACCGAGCCUGCCCAGGGACAGGACUGCGUGGCUGACAUGGUGACAGCAGAUGACUCAGGCUUGCUGUGUGUCUGGCAGUCAGGGCCUGAAUUCAAAUUAUUGACCCGAAUUCCAGGAUUCGGGGUCCCGUGCCCUUCUGUGCAGCUGUGGCAGGGGACCAUAGCAGCAGGCUAUGGAAACGGGCAAGUGCGUCUGUAUGAAGCCAGUACAGGAACUCUACAUGUCCAGAUCGAUGCCCACGCCCGGGCCAUCUGUGCCCUGGAUCUGGCUCCUGAGGUGGGCAAGCUACUCUCUGCGGCUGAGGACACCUUUGUACACAUCUGGAAGCUAAGCAGAAGCCCAGAGGGUGGCUACAUUGAGGUGGAGCACUGUCAUGGAGAGUGUGUACCCGACACCCAGGUGUGUGGUGCCCGAUUCUGUGAUCCUGCAGGCAGCUCCUUUGCUGUGACUGGCUAUGACCUCGCCGAGAUCCUGAGAUUCAGCAGCAUGUGAGAGAAAAGCAGCCCUCCGUUUCCCCUGUGCCUAUCCCCAGUCCAGCAGAGGAAGGGGAGGCCAAGCUGGCCAAGCUGCUACAAAGAGCGCCGAAUCCAGAGCCCAACUGCACACAGCUCAUCUCCUCUUCUGACCAGAUCCUGUUGCCAGUGCACCAUCUCACACUGG